AACAAGCAGCAGCUCCCACAUGUGAGUCUUCUUCCAUUGGAAUCAAAUAAUCAAGCUUUACUUCAUAAAAUUCCAAUGGGGAAUGCCUUGGCAGGAAAGAAAACGACCAAGGUCAUGAAGAUCGACGGCCAAACCUUCAAGUUCAAGACUCCGGUCAGAGUCUGCGACGUCCUCAAGGACCACCCGGGGCUCGUGCUGCUGGAAUCCGAGGCGGUUAAGCACUACGGCGUCAGGGCCAGGCCGCUCGAGGCCAACCGGGAGUUGGCGCCCAAGAGGCUAUACUUUCUCGUGGAGCUGCCGCGCGAGCCGGCGGUGCUGCCACGGAGGGUGCGGUCCGGGAUCAACAUGAGCGCCAAGGACAGGCUGGAGAGCCUGGUGCUGGCGCGGAGGUCUGCUUCAGACCUCACCAUCAUCAAAGGGCAGGGAAUGGAAGGAGCGGAGAACGGCGGAGUACGGCUGAGGAUGCGGGUGGCGAAGGCGGAGGUGGAGAGGGCGAUGCGUGGGUGCGAAACGGAGGCCGAGGCGGCGGAGAAGAUCGUUGGACUCUGCAUGGCCAAAAGCGGCGAGGCUUCAAAAGCUCGUCAGAAAAGAGUGAGUUUUAUGGCAAUCAGUGAAGGAGGGAAUCCUAUAGGAGUGGCAUCAUGAACAGUUAUUUUACAUAAAUUAGCCUUGCUGCUUUAUUAGUUAAAUAUGAUUAAGAGUGAUGUUGUUUACAUUUUCUUGCUAUAUAUAUUUUUGUGUAUGAAUCACAAACUGUUGCAAUAAUUAUAUGGCUGUUUUCUUAUAAACAAUACCUUUGUAGUUGUCAAUAACAGUGAA